AUGUUAUUUAUGGAAUCAUAUAUGUGUUAUUGCUCAGUGCGGCUCGGUGCCAUUAUCGUCUCCGUUCUGACGAUUAUUCGAAGCUUAGCUCAAAGUUUGGUUCUUUUCACGAUGGGUGUAAAGGUCUUCGAGCCAUUAAACGAUUUGUUUGAGCACGAUGCGGAGUACAAGGACAGGAAGUGGGUUAGGAAAUACAUCAGUUGGAGUGAGGACUCUCCUGAGAGCUUCACUGCAGUUUUUCAGAUUCUAUCCUUUUCUCACAUAGCAGCUGCCAUAUUAUGCAUCUGGGGUGCCAUCAAGUUACAGAAAUGGUUUGUGCUUCCCUUGGCAUUCUUCGAGUUUCUCUACUUUAUUAACAUUACGGGUCUUCACAUUGUUCUGAUGAUCAUGCUCAAGAAACAGAUAAACUUGGGCUUUCUUAUAAUUCUCACUCUGAUGGGGUGCUUUUAUAUAUUAUUUGUUGGCUACAACGCCUUCACAUGUGUGGCCAUGUUCCAGAUAAUUAGCCUGGUGAAGAGUGCCCGCUAUCGCGAGCUCUAUGGCGAGGAUCCAUUCCAUCCGCUGGUCAUGAGGACCACCCAGCAGAAGGACUCUCAGAAGCCGCUCCAGGUGCUUCGUAUGCACGACAUGCACGACACAAACAUCGACGAGCAGAAGCGCCUGAGCAAGAUCGGAAUGUGGCCACGUCGUCCUCCGCCCCUUGUGUCCGUCCUCCCCGUACAGCCGCGGUAUCCACAGCCCCAGCUGAAGUGGUGGCAGCAACAGGCCCUAAACACUGGCGACGCCGACCCCCAGGACACGUCCGCGUACCGCAACUGGCAGCCAACGGAGCUGUUGAACGGAGUGGGCGGUGAGGUGCAGCGCAAGAGUGACCUAAACCGACGAUAUGCCGAAAACCAGAUGUAUCGAUGGUACUGA